AUGGAGAAAGGUUCAAGAAUGGUCAAGGCAGUUGGAAUGAAGAAACAAGGUAGCUGGGUGAACUGGGAAAACGCACGCCAAGUGAAGUUGGGAUGGAAUGAUAUUUGGAAGAUGGAAACAUUCAGACUUCAGUUUAAGCUGAAAUCAGUUUAUGAUGUUCUUCCCAGCCAAACUAACCUGGUAACAUGGGGAGUGAUAGAUGAUCCAAAGUGUGUCCUAUGUGGUAAACCAGCAAACUUGGAGCACAUAUUAUCAGCAUGCUCAGAGGCUUUGAAAGAUGGAAGAUACACUUGGAGACAUGAUAGAGUCCUAGCCAGUAUAGCUGACACCUUGGAGAAAGGUAUCAAAAAACCAAAGAAGAACACAGAGAGCCUGAGAUUUGUCAACUUUGUGAAAGAAGGUGAAAAGGGACAUAAAGUUAGAGUUGAAGAAAGUGGUCUGUUGGGGACAACAACAGAUUGGCAGAUGCGGGUAGACCUUAGGGAAAGAUUAGUAUUUCCGCCGGAAAUGAUAGCCACAAACAAGAGGCCGGAUGUAGUCCUUUGGUCAGUGGCUACAAGACAGACAAUUAUUUUGGAAUUAACAGUGCCAUGGGAAGAUAGGAUAGAGGAUGCGUACGAAAGGAAAAAUCUCAAGUACCAAGACUUACUGAAAGAUUGUCAGCAGAACGGAUGGAAGGUCUGGUUUUUUGCAGUAGAAGUGGGUUGCUGGGAGCUGAUCACCCCAGUCGGCGCACCUCUGGAGGCUGUGUUGGAAAGCGCCAAAACAGCCGAUGAAGGAGGAUCCACCUGA